AAAAAACAACAAAAACAAAAGGGUUAAUAAAUCCUGGAAGCAGAUUCUUCUGUAGUUAGCAUCAAAAAGUCUAAAAGGAGCACUAGGAGUUUAAUGGUAGUGGGAAAACCAAAGAUUCUAAACAGAUAAAGAGAGAAGGGUUGGUAGCUUUUGGGUUUCUUCUUGAAGUUGCCUAACUUGCCUUUUGGCUUUCAUUUCAGCUUUCUCUCAAAGAUUGCCUGAAAAUAAACUUGAGGAUGACACAGAAAUGCUAGAAACAUGGGGAAAAAAGGCAGUUGGUUUUAUGCCCUCAAAAGGGUUUUUACAUGCAACUCCAAGAAGAAAUCUGCCUAUGGAUCAGCGAAGAAAAAGGCUAAGGAAAAGAAGAGGGGUCGUAGACUACUGAGCCAUGGAGAGUUCAAAUCAUUCCUGUUCAGAGAACCAAGCAGUAUUGAGAAAAUACUGGGGGAAGUUGAUGAUCAUAAACUACUUGCUAGUAGGCCUUCUGAACAAUCUGGCAUUCCAUCUGAAUUCCCUGUGAGGCCAACUUCUCCAGGAAUCAACUCACCUAGAGCUGCAUCUCCUCGGACUUCUUAUAGGGCUACAUCUCCUGGUCCCACUUCUCCAAGGAUCGCCUCUCCAAGGAUCGCCUCUCCGAGGGCUGCUUCUCCAAGGGUCAUCUCUCCUAAGGCAGCUUCUCCAAAGACUACCUCUCCGAGGGAAGCUGCUCCAAAGGCUACCUCUCCUAGGGAAGCUGCUCCAAAGGCUACCUCUCCUAGGGAAGCUGCUCCAAAGGCUACCUCUCUUAGGGAAGCUUCUCCAAAGGCUACCUCUCCUAGUGCCCCUUCUCCAAAGAUUCCUGAGCUGAGUUUGAACCGCAACGAGAUUAGCUAUGCUGACAGACCGGAACCAACUUUGACGCUCCAUCUUUCAGCAACCAAGAUACAGGCAGCCUACAGACGUCACAUGGCAAAGAAAUGUAUCAGAUCUUUGAGUGGUUUAGCAAGACUUCAAGGAGUGGUCAAAAGCAGAAGUGCAAAGCGGCAGACGGUAAAUGCCAUGAAAAAAAUGCAGCUUCUAAGUAGGGUUCAAAUGCAAAUUCAGUCAAGGAGGACUCAGAUGUUCCAGACACUCCAUAGUCAAGCUUACAUGAAGGAUAAAGACGUUGAGAGCACCCUAAGCAAAUGGACGCAGCUAACUGAGGCAGGUAACCAUGAUGAUUGGGAUAAUAGCACGCUAACUAAAGAUGAGGUAGACGCAAGGCGGCGGGAAAAAGUGGAGGCAGCCAUCAAGAGGGAGAGAGCAAUGACCUAUGCACAUUCUCACCAGUCACGGAGAAGCAACUCCAAAUCAGCUGUGGACAUCCGAGCCAGAGAAAUUCCAUGGUGUUGGAACUGGUUGGACCGCCAGCUACUUCCAGGAAAUGAUUCCGAGAGCCAAUCUGCUGCGAAAGACGUCCAUCUAACACCAUCACGGGCAACAUCAGAACACAAGCCAAGUCCAUGGCGUCCAAGUCAUAACUUCAGACACUUCCAUUUGGAUUAUGACAGUCAUGAAUCAGUUACACCAAGGUCAACUAAGUCUGCAGUUCCAUUAAGGGGCAAACUAAUGCAUACUCCCAGAAGAACAUCAUCACCAAUGAGCAGCUCGAGUGUAUCAAAGUACUCAAGACGCCGUGCUAGUUCCCCUUUCAAUCAUUCCAUGAAGGACGACGACAGCCUCACAAGCUGUCCUCCUUUUUCAGGUCGAAGUUACAUGUCGCCGACCAUCUCAGCCCAAGCUAAAUUCAGAGGAAAAACCAUUCGUGAAGAGAGUAACACAGGUACCCCAUCAAACAGCUCAAGGAGGAGAUUAUCGUUUCCUUUGACUCCAAGUACUACUGGGUCCGUCAAGUGGAACAAAGGGUCUGGCGGUGAUGCUGCUUCUGUAAAGGAUCAUGACUCUAUGGGGGAUUAUAUGAGUGUGGGUUCUGCUGUUUCGACGCCCAGUGUAGCUGGGAGGAAACCAUUUAAUAGAUUUGUGUGAUUAUGUAUCCUGUAUGUCAAUCUGUAUUUAGCUCUGACGGUACCUGUGUGUCUUUUCAUUUCUUCUUUUUGAUGUGUAUUUAUUGCUGUAUGUUGUUAACAGAACUCUAAUGUAAAAUAAUGAAGUAUGCACAUUUUCUUGUGUGAA